AUGCAUCGGCUGAAAUUCUCCCUAUUAUUGGUGUCGCUCCUCAAUGCCAUUGGAGCCCUUGCCAAUCAAAGUCCCAAUGACGUGUCAAUCUUGAUUAAAGAGGCUGCCCGUGCGAACAACGAGUCGCUAUUAUGGGGCCCGUACAAGUCCAACCUCUACUUCGGCGUGCGGCCGCGUGUUGCAAACAGUUUGGCCGCAGGUCUCAUGUGGGCCAAAGUCGAUGAUUAUGCUACAGUUCAGCAAAACUUUAGGCACACUUGCGAACAGAAUGAAGGCAUGGCAGGUUAUGGCUGGGAUGAGUAUGAUAUCCGGAAAGGUGGUCGAGAAACCAUUCACGACGCCGGUAAUACUUUGGACUUGACAAUUGAUUUCAUCAAAGUGCCGGGUGGUCAACAUGGUGGCAGCUGGGGCUUCCGUGUGAAAGGAGUCCCACGAGAGGAUGGGAGGCCCGACCAGCCUGUUGCAGUUGUGUUCUAUGCCACCUUGGAAGGACUGGGUCAGCUGGGGGUUGACAUGAGCACUGCCUCCGACCACAAGCCACUGGAGGGUGACUUGAGGUUCAACGGGUACUCCUCAGAGCUGGGAGAUUUCACAAUCGAUGUCACCGACGGUCCGGCCAGCAAUGAGUAUCUUGAAAUUGAUGACGAUCAGUUGGGUAAGCCGCUGGGUCACGGCCUGGUGUCCAGCGCAACAAUGCCGAAGGAGCAUCUUUGGCAGGCGAAGGGUAUCCUCUUUUCGCAGAUGAAGGGCGAGGUUGACGCUGCCAUUGAGAAACUUGGCACCGAUAAUCCCCCUCAUCCAGCUCAACUCUUUACAAUCAAGCAUGUACCCGGCGACGGCAAUGUUCACCUUGUGCAAAAGGUUUUUAAGGGACCCUUUGAGUUUGAUGUUCUCUUUUCAUCGGGUUCUGCCCCCAAGCCUUUGACUUCGGACACAAUUACAGAGCAGAAGAAAGAAGCAAUUCUGUCGUUCUCUGAUAGGUUCAGGCAGGUGCUUGCUCCUCAGGCGCCAUUUGACCGCGAUGAUGAGUUCACCACUUUCUCCAAGGCCAUGAUAUCGAAUUUGAUUGGCGGGAUCGGAUUUUUCCAUGGUGACGAUGUGGUUGAUCGUUCUGCUUCCCCUGCCUACGACGAGGAAAAUGAGGGCUUCUGGGAAGAGACUGCGAAGGCUCGCGCUGAAGCCAAACCGGUGACAGAGGGACCCAAGGACCUUUUCACAUGUGUUCCCUCCCGACCAUUCUUCCCGAGAGGCUUUCUUUGGGAUGAGGGCUUUCACCUGAUUCCCAUCAUGGAAUACGACUCUGACCUGGCUCUAGAAAUCAUCAAAAGUUGGUUCCAUCUAAUGGACGAGGACGGAUGGAUUGCGAGAGAGCAGAUUUUGGGACACGAGGCACGAAGCAAAGUUCCCGCUGAGUUCACGGUUCAGUAUCCUCAUUACGCAAACCCUCCGACACUCUUCAUGGCCUUGGAAGAUUUUAUGGACAGGGCGAGGACCAACCAGAGUGCUCAAGCAGAAAGUGCAGGUAGCCAGGAUCCAGCUGAAUCUCUUCGUUCGGCCACAUUACGCAACCCUGACUUGGCAAAUGGCUACCUCCGCUCUUUCUAUCCUUUGAUGAAGAGACACUACUUCUGGUACCGGAAAACCCAGCGCGGGGAUAUCAAAUCUUACGAUCGGGAGGCUUUCUCCACUAAAGAGGCCUACCGCUGGCGAGGACGCUCGGUACAACACAUUUUGACUUCUGGUAUUGAUGAUUAUCCCCGACCUCAGCCCCCUCAUCCCGGUGAGCUGCAUGUGGAUCUCAUUAGCUGGAUGGGUAUGAUGACCCGUACGCUGCGUCGCAUUGCAGAGUACCUGGGUGAAGCAGAGGAUGCCGAGGAAUUCGCCUACUACGAGAACGCCAUCACACGCAACAUCGAUGACCUUCAUUGGGAUGAAAAGGAACAGACUUUCUGUGAUGCUACUAUCGACGAGUUUGAAGAGAGCGUCCAUGUGUGCCACAAAGGCUAUAUCUCUAUCUUCCCAUUCCUGACCGGCAUGCUCAGUCCUGAUAGCCCUCGUUUGAAGGCUGUCCUCGAUCUGAUCAGUGACCCGGACGAGCUGUGGAGUGAUUAUGGUAUUCGCAGUCUGAGCAAGAAGGACAAGUACUACGGCACAGAAGAAAACUAUUGGCGAAGCCCCGUCUGGAUGCCAAUCAACUACCUUGUGUUGAAAAACCUCUAUGAACUUGCCGUUGUCUCUGGCCCUCAUCAGAACCAAGCUCGGCAGAUGUACACUGAUUUACGCAAAAAUCUGGCGGAAAACAUCUUCAAGGAAUGGAAGAGGACUGGCUUCGCCUGGGAGCAGUACAAUCCAGAAACGGGCGUGGGGCAGCGGACUCAGCACUUCACUGGCUGGACCAGUCUCGUGGUGAACGUGAUGGCAAUGCCGAAUUUGCAACAGGGCACGCCUGCUCCUCACGACGAGCUAUAA